AUCAGAAAUGAAUUAAACUGAAGUGAAUGAAUAUAGUUGCUGCUCUAAGAUUAUCAUACUCAUACGUCCGUUAUGCUCUCCUCGUCUUACAGGAGAAACAGUUGAAGAGAUCCGUCUCUGUACGAAGUGAGAUGCGAACACUCUCCGCCAAACUGCUCCAGGAGUUGAGCGAUCUUGAUGAAACUAUCGUCAUGGGGAUGAACAAGAACGCAUCACUUCAAGAAGCGGAAAUAAUAUUCUCAUCAGCAGCCUGUCUGAAUGCAUCUUUCCCAACGACAGGGCCACACGAGGUCAAUGACUUAAACAUGGAUCUGAAAGCAGCAAGAAAUGCAUUUCAAUCGAUCUCCACGAAGAAGAGGCUCCUUGAAUGGAUAUCGGAAGUCGUGCGCAUUGACCUGUGCAGUUACAUUCAACUUGAGCAUCGGUGUGACGAGGAUCUUCGUUUCUACCUCAUCCUUCUAGAGUGUCCUGUCUUCAGGUAUCCUCAUUUAGAGUGGUGCCAGAAGGUUUUGACCGCUAUAGGCAGGUUGAUGAUACAUGUGGGCAUCUUCUCACGAAACCGUCAUUAG